CACACACACACACACACACACACACACACACACACACACACACACACACACACACACACACACACACACACACAGACAAACAUCUUUCUUUGGUUCUCUCUGUACUGAUGGUGUGACAACAUGUCGACUCUGUGCGCCACUGUGAACACCCAUUCUAGAGGCUCAGUCGCGGCCUUAGGCUUUUAUGCUUUUAAGUUGGGUAAAGAGAGCAGUAAAUGGUUCUGUACCUUACCUAGAGUAAGGUGCAGGUGCAGAGUCCCUCUACUAAGAAGUUGCCUUCCUUUUCAUUCAGUGUCUACUGCCGUCUUGUUGUUUAAGAUGUGCUGGCAACGCAUCAUGAAUGCACGGGCAUUGCUCGCAUCAGAAUAAGAUUUUUGAAACCUCCAAGAACAGAGGAUAGGGUUGUUGUCUCUUUCGUGUUUAUUCACGAGUAAUAAUCCAUCUUGGAUUCACCAGUGCAUUAUAUGGGCCACUGAGCUUAUCAGAUGCGACACCCCGACUCCGUGAAACCAGCAGUCCUUUCAUCAUGAAGGUAUCUGUGCUUCUGUGGGCCACUGAGAAUAUCAGAUGUGACACCCCGACUCCGUGAAACCAGCAGUCCUUUCAUAAUGAAGGUCUCUGUGCCGAACGGGCGACUCACAUCAACUCAGUGUGUUUCUGUUGUUAGUGAGCUUUUCAAGCUGUGGAUUAAUCCUUGUUUAUGAAUGUCGUCCCUUACUGGAGAAGUAGCAGGAGGGCUGAUUUCUUCUUCUUUUGUUAAAAAUAAAAAAAGGUCCGAAUGCACCUGGCUCCGUUUGCGUUCUGGGGAGCAUCAGUCCGGUUCCUUUUGCGCCAGCGAGUCAUAUCAUUACGACGUUUACACCCUGAGGGCCAAGGCUCACGCUUCCUUCCGUUUGGCCGAAGGAACCCUGAACGGCAUGGAGUACACCAGGUCCUUCAUUGGAGGAUUGACUGUCAGCUUUUUAGUCCAUUCUCACUCCUCUCGUGCCCCCUUUCCCAAAGUCUGCCGGAUGGAGCUGUACACACGAGUGAGUCCCGCUGUCUCAACGAGUCCGCUCCAAGUUGUGGUCUCUAACAGAUUGCUACAGCCUGCCGUGUAUCUUAUGUCCAAAUGGGAUUCUGCGUCUCGGGAUGCUGACGGCCUUGUCUUGCUGUGGAUGGCUCCGCGUUGUGCCAGUCUUCCAGUCUGCCAAGUUCCUACUUGAUGCCCAGUCCUUGUAUCGUAGCCACCUACCUUGUCUUUCACAGACCAUCUCCUCUCUGACUCUGGGGUCUGGGUCAGCUUGAAUUAGCAGAUUCACCUUGCACCGUUCGCAUAGGACUUCUGCCUCGAUGAGAUUAUUGGUUGCUUCCCAAACCUUUUCAUGGGGCUUCGUAAGAAGACUUGUCUUGUCGAAUGUGAUGCUGCACCUCUCUUUCCAGAUUGCCGAUAGUGUAGGCACUGUGUCGCCUUCCUUAUCAAGUCAUACGAUAUCCGUUCUGGCUGGCUGAAAGCAGAGGGGGUGUUAGUCCAAAGCAGAAAUUCAAUCUGGAUGGGUUGUUGAAGGAGGGAGGAGAAUAAUCUACUCCACAGGUCAGCUUCUCUAGCUCGGGACUCGGUUGCUCCUUUUACAUCUGACGAGGCAGUGAAUCAUGAAUCUUGUCCUUGAUCUGAGCAGAGGCUAAGGAGCGGCCAGAGGUGGUAGGAUCAUUCUUCCUUCUUCUUAUGGUAAUGCAGUUAUUCACGGGCAGGGCUGCGUAUGUUAUAAGCCACUGGAGGAUCUUGAUUUGAAGAGGUUUGAUCAUCACGUAUUUCUUCCAGCGUAUCUUGGCAAUCUGUUUGGCUUCAUCCCCAAUCAGUGGUGACGAUCUUCUGUUAACUGUGGGUGUUGGCACUGUUCGGUCGUUUGUCUUCUUUUCUAUUUAUGAACUGAAAUAAUGGUGGAUUCACUGCAUGGAGGUAUUAGCUACUCUCAAACUGGACAUAAAAGAAGUCGAGAUGAUGAGCCAGAGAGCAAAGAGGGUGUUUUUGAGAAAUCUGUGUAUGUCGGCUUGACUUCACGUAUACCUGCUAUAAGCACGAUUUCGAAUGCAUCCCCGCAAAG